CACAGCAUGGCACCCGGCAACAAGAAGAAGGGAGUCAAGAUGGACCUCAACUCGUUCCUCGGCGACUCUGCCACGGGCGGGUCCUGGGCCGACGAGGUCGACGAGCUCCCGACCGGUCCCUCGGCCGGUCCCACUUUCGGCGGCGACGACGGCCGCCUCGGCGGCUCGCACCUGACGCGCAACAUGGCCGGCGGCCCCCGUGACGGCGGCUUUGGCGGUGGACCUCGCGGUGGACCCGGCGGCUUCGAGUCGGACCGCCCCAUGCGCGCCGAGGUGCCCAUCCCGACCGAGCCGCCCUACACGGCCUUUGUCGGCAACCUGUCGUUCGAGACGCGCGAGGGCGACCUCGAGGCGUUCUUCGAGGGUCUCGGUGUCAAGUCGGUCCGCCUUGUUGACGGCCAGGACGGCAAGCCCCGUGGCUUCGGCUACGUCGAGUUCGCGACUGUCGACGACCUCAAGAACGCCCUGACGGCGACCGGCGCCGACCUCCAGGGCCGCGCCAUCCGCGUCGGCGUCGCCGAGGCGCGCGAGGCCCGCUUUGGCCGCGCCGACGAGGCGUCGACCUGGGAGCGCACGGGCCCGCUCCCGAGCCUCGGCGGCCGCAGCGGCGGCUUUGGCGCGCCGCGCACCGGCGGCGGGUUCGGCGCCGGCGCCGACGACGUUGAGCGCGAGGGCCCGAUCCGCGGCGGCAAGUUCCAGCCGUCGGCCCCCAUGCCCGACCGCCGCGGCGGAGCUGGCGGCCCGGGCUUCUCGUCGUACGAGCGCGCCGGUGGCCGCCCGCCGAUGCAGGACGAGGUCGAGCGCGACGGCCCGAUCCGUGGCGGCAAGUUUGCCCCCUCGGAGCCGUCGCCGCGCCGCAUGUUCAGCGACCGCGAGCCGAGUCGGGCCGACGAGCAGAGCUGGGAGCGCAGGGGUCCGCUUGCGGGCGGUGCGCCGCAGGAGAGGCGUGGCCCGUACGGCGCGCCGGGUGCUGAUGCCCCGACCCGCCGCCCGCUCCAGCUGUCGGCCCGGUCGGCCGCCCCCUCGACCCCGUCGACCUCGACCGAGUCGUCGGCGCCGACCUCGUCGCGCGCGUCGCCGUUCGGCGCCGCGCGCCCCGUCGACGUCUCGACGCGCGAGCGCGAGGUCGAGGCCAAGCUCGCCGCCGCGCCUUCGGCCGCUCGCCCGGCCGCGCCCGAGAAGCGCGACUCGCGCGACAAGAAGGGUGCCGAGGGUGGCGCCGCCGCCGCCGCCGAGGCGAGCCGUGCCGACGGCGCGUGGACCCGCAAGGGCCCGCUCGCGCCCGCCGCGGCCAAGCCCAAGGAGGUCGCGCCUCCCGUCGGCGGCGGCGCCGUCGAGGGCGCCAAGAAGCCGGCCAAGAAGGACGACAAGUUCAGCUUUGCCAAGGCGGCCGACGUCGACGAGGUGACCGAGGGCGUCAGCGAGCUCUGAGCAGCGGGCGAGAGGUCGUUCUGGCGAGCGCGAGCAGUUGUACGAGGUACCGGCGGCGGCGGCGGCGACGAGGCUGUAGACUGGUGAAAAGACUCUCGGUUCUAUCUCUGCU